AUGGAUUUCCUAAUUUUAAAAAUAGUGUUUAUUGGUGUAGUGCAUUCACGCGAGGGUUGCGUUCACAAAGAUUACGGAAACGGAGGGACAGUCUGUGUGUGCGAUGAAAGCCAUUGCGACGACUUGGAGGCCAUUCACAGGACAGACAAACAGGUGGUCACUGUUUACGAGUCGUCCAAAAGUGGUCACCGAUUGGAUAAAUCUGUACUCAAUUUUGGUCAAAAGUCAGUCCCGAAGGCAAACAAAUCAGUGACAAUAAAUGUUGAUAAAAGCCAAGCCUUAUAUCAGGCGAUCAUAGGGUUUGGGGGCGCCUUCACAGACGCCGCCGGUAUUAACAUUAAAAGUUUGCCACAAAUACUGCAAAAGCGGUUAAUUGAGGACUAUUUCGGGGAAACGGGUAUUGAGUACACAUUGGGUCGGAUACCGAUCGGGGGCUCAGACUUCUCCACACAUGCCUAUAUUUCUGUACCAAUUGAGAUACCCCUAAUUAAAGAGGCUAAAGCUGUGAGCAAGCACGAUAUACGACUUAUUGCUAGUCCAUGGUCAGCACCAGCCUGGAUGAAAAACAAUUCAGAACUAAACCAUGGUGGUUUUCUAAUAGGUCAACCUGGAGGCAAAUAUUACAAUGCAUUUGCUAAUUAUUUAGUGAAAUUUCUGGACGCCUAUAAAGCACAGGGAAUACCCGUUUGGGGUAUAACUAUAGAAAACGAACCCGAGAUGGCUAUCUAUUUGGGCAAAAUUCGAAAUAUAAAACAUCCGUUCAAUAGUAUGACAUUCACUCCCGAACUGCAACGGGAUUUCCUGAAACUAGAUUUGGGUCCCAUUAUGUCUGCCGCCGGUUAUGGGCCUAACGUUACCCGAGUUAUGGUUUGCGACGAUCAGAGACCGUUCAUCAGUCAAUGGGCACAAGUCAUAUACGGAGACAAAGAGGCGGCCCAAUACGUGUCCGGAAUGGCCUUUCACUGGUAUUUGAACAAUGUAAGCAAUGCUGUCAAUCUGGACACUGUGCACAAUCAAGAUCAGAGCAAGUUUAUUUUAAGCACCGAAGCGUGUGAAAUGUGGAUGGGCAAAGAUCAACACGUUUAUUUGGGCAGUUGGCAAUUGUUUGAGAAAUACGCCAUUGACAUCAUUAUGGAUUUAAAUCAUUGGACUGGGGGUUGGGUUGACUGGAACCUGGCUCUGGACACUAGGGGUGGACCCAAUUGGGUGAAUAACUUCGUGGACGCGCCGAUUAUAGUGAACGCUACGGCCCGGGAGUACUACAAACAGCCGUCGUUUUACUCGAUCGCACACUUCAGUAAAUUCCUUCCGCCCGGCGCUCAACGCCUGAACCAUACGCUCGCAGUCGACGGCCCGACAGAUGCGGACACUCUGUUGACCACCAGUUUUGUCCGCACAGACGGCGGGACAGUUGUCGUCGCACUCAAUGUCGGCGACACUCCUAUCGAUGUCACCAUUAAUGACGUCAAACAGAGACAAAAUAUCACACAUUUAUUGAGCGCUCAUUCAAUGCAAACUUAUAUUUAUUUUGAUAAUUAAAAAAUAAAAUAAAUUUAU